UUUAAAUAUUAAAAAAAAAAGAAAAAAAAAGAAGUUAUAUAACAUAUUAAAGUAAGUAAAAAUUAUAUAAAAGAAAAAAAUUGUCAUUAAGUGAAAAAUAGAAGCGAAUUAUAUGAAAUUUAUAAUUAUAAAUUAUGACCAAAAAAAUAUUUUAGGAUUUUAUAAAACAAAAAAAAAUCAAUUUAAUUACUUAACUUAAAAAUCAAAAAAUUUUAAUAAUUUAAUAAAAUAAAAAAUAUUUUCUCUUAAUAAAUUUAACAUUAUUUUAUGAAAUUUCAUUGAAACUACUUACACGUAAUAAAUAAACUAUAUAAAUUGACACUUAUAUACCUAUAUACAUUUUAAAUUUUAAUAUUUAAAUUAAAACCAUUGAAACAGAUGAGACAACAUAAUAGCCACCGAAUUGGAUUAAAUUUCAUAAUGAUCAAAUCUUCAAUUCAAUUAUUACGAGUAUCAACAUAAAAAUAUCUGGAUAUUUGGUUACAUAAAUCAAAUAAUUCUCUCUAUAUAUUAUAAAUAUUAUUUUAUAUAUUUAAAUAUUUUUAAAUAAAAUCAGCCAAAGUGGAUUUAUCAAAUCAUAAAAAUUAUAAUAUUCAAUAUAAUAAUUGUAAUAAUAAUAGCAACGAUAUUGGCAACGCCAAUAACUUUAAUCAUAAUUUCACCGACGAUAAAAUGCUGACGUCGGGUAAUCAUCAAUACAUAAGACCGGAAUAUUUAACACCUUUGCCAACAACGGUAAGAACAUCUACGAUUAUGAAUAAGUAGAGUUGUACAUAAGUGAAUUGAAAUAUACACAAUAUAAAUAAGGAGACCUAACAAGCAUUGGACGCUAAAAAUAGUCCCUUGGCCUUAUUAGCACAGACGUGUAGUGCAAUUGGUUCCGAUUCACCAAAUCCAAAAUUAUUGGCCAAUAUAGAAAAAUCAGCAAAAUCACAUAAAACUUCAAUAGAUUCUAGAGAUAAAUUGUCACCAAAUAGUAAUCAAUCAUCACUUUCAACCGGAUCGAAUGAUAAUCAUCAUAUACAAAUGCAGCAGCCACAUCAACAAAUCAAAACUAGUUUUAAGCCAUAUGAAUUAUCACCACUUAAUUUACAUGAAAGAUCAAAUCACACCCCAACAACAACAAUAGAUUUACAAGAAAGAUCCUCAUCAAAUUUAGGAGCUAAUCAUAAUAACAAUAUUAAUAAUAAUAAUAAUUCAAUAAAUCAAUCUAUUCGAGUCAAAACACCGAAAUCUCAGCACAGUCAACAAAAUAAUCAAUAUAAUGGCCAUCAUUUAACGCAACAACAGCAACAACAACAAAGAUGCGAUUCAAACCAAAGUGCCACAUCACAGACCAGAGACACUUCACCCGCAAUAAUGAAUGGUGCUACAUCAAAUAAUAGUCGAACUCCAUUAAGUAACAGUCAACAAUCUGUAGCAUUACAACAAUUACAACAUAAUAGUACCAGUCCACAUCAGUUACAGCGUACAACAUCAAAAGACUCUUCAAAUAAUAGUUUACCACGUGAUAGUCCAAAUCCAAAUAGAUUACCAAAUGAUAUAUCCAAAGAAACAACAACUCCAACAACAGCUUCAAAUAACAUUGGGGGAUCAAAUCAUCAACGAGAAUCAGCAGCAGCAGCUGUUGCAGCGGCUGCCGCUGCAUCCUCUGCUUCAAAAAUGAAUUCAUCUAGUUCAAUGUCGGGUGGACCAUCAUAUUUUCCACCUGGUUACCCACCUAGUUUAGCAAAUUACCCGAUGGAUUUAAUGGCAGCAAGUGCUAUAAUGUCACCACAUCAUCCAAUGUUUAAAGCUGCUGCCCUUAGUCCAUAUUUUAAUUAUGCACGUUUAAAAGGUGCUUCAGAUCCAUCAUCAUCAGCAGCAGCAGCCGCUGCUGCUGCUGCAGCAUCUGGUAUGAUGCCACCUGUUUGUCGUGAUCCAUAUUGUACAGGUUGUCCAAUGAGUCCACAUGUUAUGAAUAAGGCAACUGGUCAACCAUGCCCAGCUGGUUGCACACAAUGUGAUUCUGCUUCUGUUUCAGCAGCGGCAGCCGCAGCAAGUAAAUCAUAUCAAUCACAUAGUAGUGCAGCAGCAGCAUAUGCUCAUGCUCAACUAGCAGCUUUAGCAGCUGCAUCACAAUUACCAUAUGUAUGCAGUUGGAUUGCAGGUGAUUCAGCAUAUUGUGGUAAACGUUUUGGUACGUCCGAUGAAUUAUUUCAACAUUUAAGAACACAUACGGCAUCAAUGUCUGAAUCAAUGUUAAAUGCUGUUGCAGCAACUGGUCUCCCUCCAAAUCAUCCAUUAUUUCAAAGAACAUAUCCAACACCGCCAUUGAGUCCAUUAUCAUCAGCUAGGUAUCAUCCAUAUGGUAAACCGUCCAUGUUACCGCCAUCAUUAGGACCACCAUCACUUGCUGCAAGCUUAUCGGCUGCUGGUAUGCCACCGCAUCCAUCAUUAGCUCAAUACUUUUCACCAUAUUCAUUAUAUGGACCGAGAUUAGGUGCAUCACCCAGUAUGCAUCCAUAAUAGUUAAAUCAAAAUAAUAGUAAUGAUCGAAGAUAAAAAUGUUGCUGUUUAUAAAAUAUUUUACUAAUAAUCAAAUAUUACAAUAAAUAACAGUAAAAAUUAAUUCUCAAAAUGACUUUCAUAAUGUCAUUUGAUAUAUAAAUUAAUAAAUUUUUUUUUAUUUGUUGUUUCUCAAUAUUUUUUUUGAUAAUUAAUUUUAUAUUUUAUAAAGAAUAUAAGGAAGAUAUAAAAAAAUCUUCAUGAAACAGGGUGUGAAUUUGAAAUAAAUUAAGCAAAUAAAAAAUAAAUGUUUUUUUUUAAAUAUUAUAAAAUAAUUAAUUAUGUAAUUAUAUGGAAAUUACUGUAAUUAUUUAAUUAAAAAAAAGUAAUUAUGUAUGUACAUGUAUGUAAAUUAAUUAAUAUAAUGUAUGUAUAUCCAUUUAUAGGAAUCUAAAAACCAAAAUUUAUUUUCUAAAGAUUUAAUAAAUUUCGUGGACUGACGUAAUUAUUAAAGUAAAAAUUAAAUAAAAAAAAAGUAUAGAUGGGAAGUAUAGAAUGUUAAAAAAAAACGCUUGAUGGUGUGAAAUAAAAUAAUAUGAACUAAAAUAAAAUAAUAUUAAAAUAUAAUAAACGAAAUUUAGGCUAUGCACUGGUUCAACGAAGGUGUGAACUUGCGCUUGAACCAAAAACAUGAGCUUUUCUUUAAAUAUUUUCUAUUUUUCUGAGCUUAGUUAUAAUUAUAUAUAAAUAUAUUUUGUUGAAAUUUCACUCAUUUAUAAUGCAACACUUACUAUACUGCACAAUCAACCCAAAAAGUAUUAAGGACAUGAACUUGCAAAAACAAUUAGGAGUGCUUUUUAUUUUAUUUUUACUGUUACUGUUUAAUAAAUGCGUUUGGAUUAUUUGUUGCAAUAUUUUUUUUUUAUGAAAAAACUAUUUUAAAUAUUUAGAAGACAAUUGUCACCCUUCUUAUUUUGUUUUUAUUUCCGAUAUGGCGUAUUAUAUUAUUGUGCUUUACAACAUAUGAUUUUAUUUCACACCAUCAUAAAAUUUAGUUAGUUUUUAUAUAUGACGGCAGAUUUAAUUGGAAGCUCCUAAAUUUUUAAUUUAUGAAUAUUUACCACAAAUAUACAUAUUAUAUAAAAUAUUAUAACUGUAAUAUAGCAACUAUUUAAAGCUGCUGUCAUAAAAAAUAUUCAAAUUAAUAAACUAUAUUAUAAAAUUGAUUCUAUAUAUACAUAUAAUGACGGUAAAAUUAAAAGAUAAAAAAAAUUUAGAAAUAAAUUUUAUUUUUCUUAGAUUUUUUCGUUUCUUCAGACAAAAAAAAAUAAAAAAUAAUAAACAUUUAAAAGCUCGUGAUAAAAAAAACAACUUGGAAAAAUUUAAAAGCUAAUAACAGUAAAUAAAACAAAAUAUAAUAAAACAAUUCUUGUAAUUUAUGUAAACAUUUGACCAUAAAAUUUUACAAAUAUAAAGCAAAAGAAUAUUUCACAUUAUAAAAUAAAAAUAUUAAAUUAAAAUAGAGAAAAACAGAAAAUCAUAAAUUAUUUAAUUCAAAAUACAGAAAAGAAAAAUAUUAUGUAAAUGUAUAAAAUAAAUAUGAAAUAAAAAAAAAUCAAUUAUUGCAAAAAAGUUAAAAAAAAUUGACAGAAAACUUGUACCGAGUCUUGAUUUUUAAACUUUAUUUUAUUAUUUUCUCUCCCAAAAAUUAUAAAUUAAAAGCAAACAAAAAAAAACAAAUAAAAAAAAAACAAAAA